AUGGCAUAUAGCGAGUCGGGUAAUGCGACUCGAGAGCAUUCUCUCGCGCUUCCCGAGGACGACACCGAUGCCGUCGAGAGCGAGUAUUCCUACAAGCAGACACGACGAACCACCAAUGUUUACGAUGCCGUUGCUGGUGAGAAUUCGGGCCGAGUCAAUCGAAAGGGCCACCACCCCGACGAAGCUUUUGCGUCUCGAUAUCGCGACACCGCGUCGUCAGGAGCUCGAUCGCUCCGACCGGAGGAAGUUUUAUUUCGCACACAUAACAACCCGAUCGACUUUGACGAGGCGGAAUACUUUGCUCAUGAAAGACUACCGUCUCAACGCGCUCUGCCGAGGUCUGACGUUCUCGAAGCUCUUCACGCUUACGCGGCCGACUUUUACGAAUUCGCGACAGACGACCACGGACUCCACGAUCACCACAGUAUGGACGAGACAGCCUUGAUCGCGUUGGGCAUACUCGUGGAGGAGAUGGCGAAAGAGGCUCUAGGAGAGACGGGCGAUCUCGUUCUCGUGGAGGGCGAAGAGUUGAUCGACGAUCUUCAUGGUAUGGCUACACAGCGCGACGCCGCGCCUGCACCGCGAUCACGAGAUUCGAGUCAGCGAAGGAAAAGAUCACUCAAUAGCGCCGUGGAUGUGGACCAGGUGCAGGAGAAGCCCAAGGAUACUGGGCGCAAGAAGAAACGGCGUAAGAUCAGAAGCAAGUCUACGAAUGCGGAUGCAGACACUGAGCUCGAUGAACGGUGA